UGAAUCAAUCCCAUCCCGGGCAGGAAACGAGACCCAGGGCAACCCCCUCCGCUGCGGCGGAACAAAGGAGGAGAGGGCAGCUGCACGCGCAGGGAGGCCCACAGCGUCCCGGGCCCCUCCUCCCCCGCCGCCGCCGGGGCACACCGCACCUGAACCCCACUCCCCAGGAUGCCCCAUUGUUCUCCCUCCGCUUUCCUGCCCGGAGGAAGCCACACCGUGUCUUUCCAGGGAGCCAGGAAACAGCUGUGGGUCACAGGGAUGGAGGGGCUGUGGGUGAACACGAGGACAGCCGAGAUUCGACUCUCCCCACAGGUACAAGAGGCACGGGGCAAAGAGCGAGCAACUUACUUUACAAGCCCUUCUUCCCUCCCGCCACCCCCGAAGCCACUGCGGAGUCACGACCACCCUCCGCGACCUACAGCGUGCGCGGUUCCCGCCGCAGCGCCGCCUCCCCCGAGACAGCGGCAGAACCCGCUGACCCCCGCCCGCAGGGGGCGACCGGGCCAGGGACCGCGGGCACAAAGGCGCGGGGCGUGCGCCUCGGGGGCCGCGGCCGGACGCAGAGAGAAGGGCAGGGGAGAGAGAAAGCGCUCGCGCUACCUUGCUUGGCGCUACCUCGCCGGGCGUCACUCCGCCUCCACGUCGUCCUCGCUCUCCGGUGGCUCUCCGGGACGCGGGCCCUGCCCGGGGCUGCGGGGCUCCCGACGCGGCUGUUCGGCCAAGGCUGUCCCGCGGCUGCUGGCCGACUGCGCGCCCCGCGCUCAGGCACUGCCUCCACGCGCCGCGGUUGAGACUCCCGUGCGCACCCGGCUGCGGAGUGUUCAGCGGCGGCGGGAGGAGCCCGGCCACUCCCCUCUAGCCCGCUGGCGGAGGGGCCGGCCGAGGGGCGGGGGCGACGACCUCGCUGCCUGGGAUUCGCCCCUCGCCGCGCGGGCAGGAACAGGAGCCACCGCCUCCGAGCCGACUCACCUCCGGCCGCCCGGUGCCGGCUUCACAGCGCCCCCCGGUGAGCGUCGUGGCGGCCUCCGCGCCUUGCGGGUUUGCGGCCAGACCCUCUGCACCGGGGGUGAGCCUGGAUGGGACGAGGCUUGAGGGAAAGAAGGGCGACCGUCGCGGCCCCCACGGAAGGCAGUCUUUCUACCUUUUUUCUUCCAGACUUAUUGACAUAAAAUGAGAAAUACAACGUUUGACAACUCGAAGCCAGCCUGGGGGCACAUUCCGGCAAAGAGUGGAAUACUUAUUUCACAGCUGAGCACUUCUCAGAGUUAUGAACAUGAGUCCAGUUUUUGACAAGACACAGCAAAGGCCAAAAGAAUGAGCAAAAUUAUCCACCCUGGAACCCACAUGGGACAGCAGGAAGUAAAUCGACAGCAUCUGCCGUGACUUAUUACAGCGUACGUGUUACACUAGGCCCCAAAUCAAUCCCAAAAUGGAAGUCUUGGGUUACGGGUCUUUCACCACAGGAAAGCAACGUACACAUAUAUUCAACAAUAACACUUCAUAAAUCUCUGCCCCAGUCACCGAACUUUAUCUCAUGUGGUGCCAAUAAGAAAGAGGAAUAUCUUAAAACAGCAGGAGGAAAUUACAGUUUCACAUACAGAAUCCUUUAAUGUCACUAUAGAGACAUCUUUUUACACAAGUAAAACAUGGAACUAUCUUCCUUAGGGUGAGUCCAAAGUAUCUGACAAAAAAAUAGUGUCUGACAGACUCCAUGUUUUGAAGUUUAAUUCAUCACUUAAAAGGAGGUAAACUGGAAGAAAUUAAGUUAUUUAUAAAACUAUAGUUACAUAAUGGGCACUACCUAGGGCAUCCUGAAUGUGGAUAGAAAAAGAAUAUAUGGCCAAGGACCAUACAUGGUAGGGGUAGGGUUCUGAAUCUGGGAUUGACAAGCUUUAUGGGAAAGUGUGUGUCGUCGCGUGUGUAUGCACCUCAUGAACACACAUAGAUGUACACAGGCUCACUCACAAUCAUGGUAUGUGUGCAUUUUUCUCUGCGGAAAGGAUUUUGACCAUCCCUUAGAUUCUCCCAAAAGGCCUUUGACUCACAAAGUGCUACAAAUCACUCCUCCAUAGCAAAUAUUUCCCACAUUUAUAAGCCAGGGGAUGGUGCUAUCAGGUGAGAUUCAAAAUUAUUGGACCUGUGAUGAUGAAAAACACAUUACUGGAGUACAGAGGCAGUAGUGCGAAGCAGACAGGAUGUGCCCACUCAGAUGGGAAUGAAAGGGAAAGUGACUUGCAAAUCUCAUGAAACAUCUUGCUGUAAAGCCCGUAUCAGCAAGGCAAAGUCAGAAAAUCCUCUGUUCCAUGUCUGGGAGAGUGAAAACCACAGAUGCCCCAGGUGCACAGAGGAAAUAAUGCUCCAUCUGCUUCCUUAGUCUUUCUCACCUUACCUCACCCCAAACUUACCUUGGGCAUUGAAUUUUAAUAGCUGUUUGUUUUUGUGGCUUAUUGUGUAUAAGAACUCCAAGGAACAUAGAAUAAAGUAAUGCUGUCCAACAUUCUGCUCUAGAGAACUGUUAUCUGAGAUGUUGUAAUCUUGAACCCCCUAUUUUGGUCAGGGCCCAAUUAAAACAGAAACCACUGUAGGUGUCUCAAACACGAGGAAUUUAAUACAGGAACUUGUUUUUUGGCGUUUUUGGUUUGGUUGGUUUGGUUUGGUU